GCUCUGUCAGUAACACAUGUGGAUGGGCGGCGGAAAGAGACGCGCACGGAGAGGGGGCCUCCCUGCGAGUCCUGCCAGCGCUGCCGCCACGGAACCCCAGCGGUAGCAGCAGCAGCGGCGGCGGCUCCUCCUCGCCCCGGCCCCUCUCCUGCUGCCUGUGAGCUGGGCUCCGAGGCGCUUUCCCGGGCUGCGGGCGGUUGGUUCUCUGCUGCAGGAGGCUCCGGACCCGGCCAAGGAGGGUGGAGGUUGAGGGCGGGGGGAGCGAUACAAAGUGAAGCCACAUUGCCAAACUUACCCAGCGAUUGCGGCGGCGCCCUGCGCCGACAGCCCAGCGGCCGGGACUGAGCGCCGCGGCUCCCCUCCAGGAAGCGGGGGCUGGAGGGAGGACUCUGCCGGGCGGCUCUCGUCUGUAUUUUGCCAGCCGGGCUGCUACUGACGGGGGUGGGGGGCUCUGCAGGCGGACGCGAGCCCCAGCCUGCGAGCAUUGUGUUUGGUUCUUUGCAAGAAAACCUCCUCCCCCCCGACACACCAGCCUGUAAACCAGAGCGACGCUGCUCCCCGACCUCUUGCAAUAUAGAGGGGAAACAGACCAUGGUGAACCCGGGCAGCAGCUCGCAACCUCCCCCGGUCACUGCUGGCUCCCUCUCGUGGAAAAGAUGCGCAGGCUGCGGGGGGAAGAUCGCGGAUCGCUUCUUGCUCUACGCCAUGGACAGCUACUGGCACAGCCGAUGCCUGAAGUGCUCCUGCUGCCAGGCUCAGCUUGGGGACAUCGGCACUUCCUGUUACACCAAGAGCGGUAUGAUCCUGUGCAGAAACGACUACAUCAGGUUAUUUGGAAAUAGUGGUGCUUGCAGUGCUUGUGGACAGUCGAUCCCUGCUAGUGAGCUGGUCAUGAGGGCACAAGGCAAUGUCUAUCAUCUUAAGUGUUUUACAUGCUCUACCUGCCGGAAUCGCCUGGUCCCUGGAGACCGGUUUCACUACAUCAAUGGCAGUUUAUUUUGUGAACAUGAUAGACCUACAGCUCUCAUCAAUGGCCAUUUGAAUUCACUUCAGAGCAAUCCACUACUGCCAGACCAGAAGGUCUGCUAAAAGGUCAGAGUAAUGCAGAAUGCGUGCCUUCAUCUCAAACUUUGUUCAUCACAGAUGGAUCUCAUGUCUCCAGUAGACAAGUCACCUUUGUAGCUAGCAUCAGUGCCAGCUUCAUGCCAUUGCACCUUCUUUAUUCUUGAUUGCCCUUCCUACAUUUAUUGGUGUAUUAAAAUGACUGAAUAUGAACAUUAAGGACUCCAUGAACCUGGGCUAAUGGGAGACUGUAGAGAAAAUGAAAAAAGAUCCACCGGAGGACAUCUUGGGGGCGGCGGCGGGGGGUGGGGGGGAAUGUCUAAGGAAGCUAAUUAAAAGCAGCAUUGGAAUCUACUUUCUACCCUCGUUAACAAUUAGCAGGGCACUGGCCAGAGUUUGUACCCAGUGUUUUACCUUAACAACAUUCUAUUUGCUCUUUGUAUAUUUAAGUGUUGUAAGGAAAUGUGUUUCAAUCAAACUGAACAUGAGAUAAAGGAAAGAUGUGGCUUUUGUGAUAUUCUAUCACAAACACUUUUAUUGUAUCUCUGUAAAAUACAAUGUAUGUAUGCAUGUAAGUGUUUUUGUCCUACUGUUGCUACUUCCCAUGGCGCGAAAAAAAAAAAAGAGGAAAAAAAAGUCAGGCUCAUAGAAGCUACUGUGUAGAAAUUUUCACCUACUUCUAAUUUGCUGAAUGAAGAAAAAUCUUUUAUUUGUGAUAUUUUCAGAGACAUUUGCUCUAGUAUGGUGUAUUUAAAUAAUAAAAACUUAAAACAAAAACAUUUAAUUGACUUUGGGUUUUAAAAGCUUUGCUUUGUUAUACUACAUUCUAAACUUUAUGUAGCAGUUGCUUUAAUUGUAAAUGACUUUUAAAUCUAGUUUUCUUCGUACAGUUUUAUGCCAAUAAGGAAUUUGUCAAACUACUUAACCAUGUCACUUUUGGCAGAGGUACAGAGCAAUGCUCCAAAACUUUAUUGUUCAUUAAUUCUGAUAACAGCAAGCAUAUCAUUACAGUUCAGCCAUGUUGCAAUGAAUCUUGGUAUGUACAAAAGUAACCACGGUCUGUCUUCAUCCAGUCCUUCAGAAGGCAACACUAUAUAUUUAUAAAAAUGUUACAGGAAAAACUCACAACAAAGUGGUAUGUGUUCUCUGACACAAAUCUUCAAUUGGCUAGUCCUAUAAGGAGGUAUAGUAGUACCUCUCAAUCUUGGCUAUAGGAGAAUAAAUCGCACUGAACUGUGGUGGUCUUGAGGGAAGAAAAUGCCUUUCCUGGCCUGUUUGGUCUUAAAUGUGAUUUGUUCUUGAUUUUUUUUUUUCCCCAAGUUUGAAGGAGAAGUAGGAUUUCACAUAGUUUUUUCUUGAAAUGCUUAUUGGAUAACUAUAGGGCAUUCAGAAAAAACAUCCCAUGCUCUUGCUAGAUGUGAAAAAAAAUGUAUUAUGAACCUAUGGACAUAUGCUGAAUGCCUUAUACCGGGGAACAAUGUUAAGUAGGCCUGGGAGAUGCCUCUGCAGCAUUGCAACAUUGUUAAACAUCAGCAAAAGUCACUACUUUUAUCAUAGGCUAAUAAGCUUGAAGUAUAUAAUAUUUCUAUUCACAUUUUUAAUCAUGCUUUUUUGAAAGGUAUUUAUUCACCUUUCCUGGUUACAGAGCAGCCAUGACACAUUAAGUUUUUCUGGUGAUGCUGAUGUGAGAUGUAACUUAAAAUCCAGCGUUUUGUGUAUCUAAACAACCAACAGCAAGCAUCUCUUUGGAUUAGAGAAGUUCCAAGGAGUAGGAUGCGAAGUCCACUGAAUUUCUGCUUUUAACACUUCCGUGCUUGGAAAAAUAAGACAUUUUCUUUGGGGGAGGAGAGACUGGUUUACCAUAUGCUGUCAGGAACAAAAGACAAAUGUGUGACUACAUUUAGUGUGUGGUAUUAAAAAUUCUCUUAUGGAUAGUUUUCAGGGCUUUAUUUUUUUAGAACAUAAUUACGGAUUUUCAAAAUGCUUCUAAGCUUUUUUCAUCCAGCAUUAAAUCUUUAGGUAGAGUCCUGCAAAUUGUGCUUCUUCAAUUUCUUUGCAAAGAUGCUUUGAGACGUACAAAUAUAGAAUUGAAGUAUUAGUGAGACUGUAGACAUCUUUUAUAUUCUAUCAAUAUAAGCGCUCAUGGUAGAGUAUUUAAACCUAACACGUACAGCUUUUUAAUUAUCCAAUAACCUAGAAGUGCUAAGAAGAUGGUUAAUAACUUUUAGUAAGUAAUGUAGUAUGGCAUUUAGUGAUGUAGAGGUUGAAGUUCAUUAAAGGCUUUAAAUAAACUA